CCCAUUACAUUGGGCAAUGUGGCAGCAGUUGAUGCUAAACAGUCGAAAUGAAGCUAAUUUACGCGGUUUUCGUAUUGCUUGGCCUGGCCUUAAGUCACGCCACUGCCAGCUGCUCGGCUGAUUGUCCCGACACUGAGGAUAUUGUGUGGGCAGUUGGGGGCGGUUGCAGUGUCUUCCGUAAUAAGUGUUACUUCGACAGGGAGAACUGCCACCGGAAGCCGCCACUCACCAUUUCGACCAAGGAGGAGUGUCAAAAGCUCUGCCCUAGGGUCUGCCCACUAAUUUAUCAACCAGUUGGAGGCACCUAUAAGGGCCAAUUAAGACACUUUGGCAAUGCAUGCGAAAAGAUUGUGCACACCUGCCAAACCGGCGAAACUUUCUUUGACUAAAAUGAAAACUUAUAAUUAAGUGAACGAAUAGAGCAAAAAUUUCAAUUAUUUUGUAGUUAUUUCUACAUUUAGUACUCAUAUCAUACACAUAUAGGAUAGGAAACGUUUGAGGAUCUUUUAUGAAAAAUUUGAAUAUGCUAUAAUUAUAUUAUUUAAAUAACCUUUCCUUAUUUGGGUCACAGCUGUCAAUACUAAUUAGCUGAUCUGUCUUGACCUUAACAUAUUUAUGUGAUUUUUGUUCAUAUCUUUAAUUAGUUAAUUAACUUUUGUGUUAAAAAGAUAAUAUUUUAUAUAGACCUUAAAUUUUUUUAAUGUGAUUGUGAUUGACAAUCAGAGUCUUUUAAGGCAAGCUUUUAAAACGAAUUCCAAACAAAAUUAGACGGCUUCUCUCAAUGCAGAAAGCCCUACGUUUUUUUUGAUAAGAAGACUUGUUAGCAAAUUAAAAAUUUUAAGUUUAGAGUAUAUAAGAAAUAGGCUCAAUCAAUAUAAUCAAAUUUAGUAUAAACUUUAUCAAUAAACUUUAUCAACUCAA